CAAGAGUCGUCGCGGCCUUUUACUUUCGUUUCCGUACCUUACCUCCGAAGCAAAGGAAGAAGAAAAGUUUGGUUCUAGCAAAAAUCAAUAUCAUUGAGAGACAAUGGCGAUCAUUGAGAGGCCCAUUCUCUCAAGACUAGAUAUUCUAGACAACGUGGUGAGGCAAUUAGAAGAAAUUAGAGGAUACAAUAAUAAGUCAGCGAAGAGUUCUUGUGAAUCAAGUGGGACGCUGAGCAGUGAUGGUCAAUAUCCGUCGUCGUCCGAUGUGUCACCAAAGUGGUUGGAGAAACACUGCCGUCCCAUUGAUGAUGUGUUGAUGGAGAUUGAAGCCAAAGGAACACUGAUUGACAGGCUUCACCACUUGGAGGACCGCGUGCUAAAGGUGUGCUUGCAAUUGGAGGAAGAAUUAGAGGCAGAGAAGAGGCGAGAGGAUGAGAAUGAGAAUGAGGAGAAGAAGCUCCAUAGCCAUAAGAAGGGGAUAAAACAGCUGGUUAAACAUUGUGUCAAAGGAAAACCCACAAAACACAAAGCCAGAUAAGAUAAGAUAAGAUUAGAUUAGAUUAGAUUAGACUAGACGUAAAUGAAAUGAUUACAAAGAAGGCUGGCCGGUUGGCUGGGCUUUGUGAUCAAUUUCAGUUUUCAGAUUUCAAAUUAAUGUUUGUUUUAUCAUUUAUUUAUGUUGGGUGUCCCUGAUCCUGUGAUCCUUCCUUCCUUUUAUAUAUAUAUAAAUAUUUAUAAAUUACCCAUUAAUCU